AUGGUGCUCCUGCCCCUCUGGGUCGUGGCAGCCGCGCUCCUGGGGCUCCGCGCCGCGGCCGGCCGGCAGGCUGGUAAAGAGCAACAGAUCCAAAUAGAAUUACGAAAAAACAGACCGAGACCGUAUGGGUUAGUGAUUCCAAUUAGUACCAAUGCAGACGGAAGCUACAUCUCCAAUAUCCUCUCUGCAAGUCACCAAAGAAGAUCAACACGGGAGGUAUCCCAAAGCCCCAAACAGCUGUAUUUUAAUGUCACUGCGUUUGGAAGGGAAUUCCAUCUCCGGCUGAAACCCAACACUCGGUUAGUGGCGCCCGAGGCCGUAGUGGAGUGGUACGAAGACGCUGUGGAAACUGGAAGUGAUGCUGGCAACACGAGUCAGACUAGAACUGCUACAGAGAGACUGUGGAAAAGAGAGCCCCUGUGGACCAACUGCGCGUAUGUGGGAGACAUAACUGACAUCCCCGGAGCUUCUGUUGCCAUUAGCAAUUGUGAUGGUCUGGCUGGAAUGAUAAGAACUGAUAAGGAUGAAUACUUCAUUGAGCCUUUGGAAAGAGGAAAGCAAAUGGAAGAGGAAAAGGGAAGAAUCCACAUGGUGUACAGGCGAUCAGCUGUAGUGCAACAUCCCACCGAUAUGCUCCCUGAUGUCCAUACAGAAGAGUCUCUUCUUGGCGGCCUCGAAGAGCUGAGUUCCCUGUACAGCAGCGUAGAGCAGCAACUGAACGAAACCCUGAGGCGACGCAGGCACGCGGGAGAUGACGACUACAACAUUGAGGUGCUGCUAGGUGUGGACGACUCUGUCGUCCGAUUCCAUGGCAAAGAACACGUUCAAAACUACCUCCUCACCCUCAUGAACAUAGUGAAUGAAAUUUACCACGAUGAAUCCCUGGGUGUUCACAUAAAUGUUGUGCUGGUCCGAAUGAUCAUGUUGGGGUAUGCGAAGUCCAUUAGCUUGAUUGAAAGGGGGAAUCCCUCGAGAAGCCUGGAGAACGUUUGCCGCUGGGCUUAUCAGCAGCAGAAGUCGGACCCCAAUCACUCUGAGCACCACGAUCAUGCCAUCUUCUUAACCAGGCAAGAUUUUGGGCCUGCUGGUAUGCAAGGGUAUGCUCCUGUUACUGGCAUGUGUCACCCGGUCCGAAGCUGUACUCUCAACCAUGAAGAUGGGUUUUCAUCAGCCUUUGUUGUUGCUCAUGAAACGGGUCACGUGCUGGGAAUGGAGCACGAUGGGCAAGGGAACAGAUGCGGGGAUGAGACAGCAAUGGGGAGCGUUAUGGCUCCCUUGGUGCAGGCUGCCUUUCAUCGCUACCACUGGUCCAGAUGCAGCGGCCAAGAACUCAAAAGAUAUAUACACUCUUACGACUGUCUUCUUGAUGACCCUUUUGAGCAUGAUUGGCCCAAGCUUCCUGAACUGCCAGGCAUCAAUUAUUCCAUGGACGAGCAGUGCCGCUUUGAUUUUGGCGUUGGCUAUAAAAUGUGCACAGCGUUCCGAACCUUUGACCCAUGCAAGCAGUUGUGGUGUAGCCAUCCAGAUAACCCAUAUUUCUGUAAGACUAAGAAAGGACCUCCACUCGACGGGACAGAAUGUGCCCCUGGAAAAUGGUGCUAUAAAGGUCACUGCAUGUGGAAGAACGCUAACCAGCUGAAGCAGGAUGGCAACUGGGGACCCUGGACCAAGUUUGGCUCCUGCUCACGAACCUGUGGAACUGGAGUUCGCUUUCGAACACGCCAGUGCAACAAUCCAAUGCCCAUUAAUGGAGGUGAAGAUUGUGCUGGUGUCAAUUUUGAGUUUCAACUUUGCAAUACAGAGGAGUGUCCGAAGCACUUCGAGGACUUCAGAGCGCAGCAGUGUCAGCAACGCAAUUCCCACUUCGAGUAUCAGAACAGCAAGCACCACUGGCUGCCGUACGAACACCCUGACUCUAAUAAGAGAUGUCACCUGUACUGCCAAUCCAAAGAAACUGGAGAUGUCGCUUAUAUGAAGCAACUGGCACACGACGGGACUCGCUGUUCCUAUAAAGAUCCCUACAGCAUUUGUGUUCGUGGAGAAUGCGUGAAAGUGGGUUGUGACAAGGAGAUUGGCUCCAAUAAGGUUGAAGAUAAAUGUGGCGUCUGCGGCGGGGAUAACUCUCACUGCCGAACUGUGAAGGGAACCUUCACCCGCACUCCCAAGAAGCUUGGGUACCUUAAGAUGUUUGAUAUCCCUCCUGGUGCUCGACAUGUGUUUAUCCAAGAAGACGAGGCUUCUCCUCACUUUCUUGCAAUUAAGAACCAGGCCACAGGACACUAUAUUCUGAAUGGGAAAGGGGAGGAGGCCAGAUCCCGAUCUUUCAUCGACCUGGGCGUGGAGUGGGAGUACAACAUAGAAGACGACAUAGAAACUCUCCACACUGACGGGCCCUUGCACGAUGCGGUGGUUGUGCUGAUCAUUCCUCGGGAGAAUGACACAAGAUCUAGCCUGACUUACAAAUACAUCAUUCACGAGGAUUCAGUACCAACUAUCAACAGCAACAACGUCCUUCAGGAAGAAACAGAUACUUUUGAGUGGGCGUUGAAGAGUUGGUCGCAGUGCUCCAAACCCUGCGGUGGAGGGUUCCAGUACACCAAAUACGGGUGCCGCAGGAAAAGUGAUAACAAAAUGGUUCAUCGCAGCUUCUGUGAAGCCAGCAAAAAACCAAAGCCCAUCCGCAGAAUGUGCAACCUUCAAGAAUGCACGCAGCCUCUCUGGACAGCAGAUGAGUGGGAAUACUGCACAAAAACCUGUGGUAAUUCAGGCUACCAGAUCCGUACCGUGCGUUGCAUUCAACCCCUUCAUGACGGUGCAAACCGCUCAGUCCAUUUCAAGUACUGCAGCGGAGAUCGCCCCGAGAGCCGCCGGCCGUGCAACCGAGUGCCGUGCCCUGCGCAGUGGAAAGCUGGACCCUGGUCUGAGUGUUCUGUGACCUGCGGGGAGGGAACUGAGACCCGGCAGAUCACGUGCCGGGCUGGUGACCAGUGCGAUGGAGAAAAGCCAGAAUCAGCGAGGGUUUGUAAACUCGCUCCCUGCAACGAUGAGCCCUGUAUGGGAGACAAAUCUAUCUUCUGCCAAAUGGAAGUGCUGGCACGUUACUGUUCCAUCCCCGGCUACAACAAGCUGUGCUGCGAGUCCUGCAGCAAGCGCAGCAGCACCCUCCCACCGCCGUUCCUUACCGAAGCUGCUGAAACUGAGGAGGAGGUGAUGUUUGGUCAGAGCGACCUGCCCAGGGCUUUGGUGAUGCCAACACCUGUAGUGCCCCACUACGCACAGUUCCUGCCCGGGAGAAGUUCUCUGGGCAGGCUUCCUUUUGCCGAAGAGGACGCAGAUACGCACGUCUCCCCGUCCAACGCCAAGCCCAAAGGUGCGGAGUUUCCACAGUGGAGAGCUCCUCAGGCGAGGAAGACUUCUAGGCUCUUUGCUUUGCUACACCAGUCACCGGCCAACAGCAGCAGUCUCAGCCCUCCUAAAGCCCUGGCGUUGGCAGCAGCUCUUCCUGUGGUGCCAGCUCAAAACGCCACAGCAGGCGCUCCUUCUCCGUCGAGAACCUCAAGGAAGAGCGAGAAGAACGCCGAGAAGAGAUGGCCUUUGAGGUCCUCCGCUGUGGAAAGAUGAACGCGAUCGCCUUGUGGAGGAUGGCCGUUGAAAGAGGCUUUGGUUGGCGCUUUGGGUUUGAUUUCCUUACUUCUGGACACGACGGUGCAUGCUGCUUUCCACAAGCGGGACACUGCAGGUCACCCACUCAUUUUCCUUGUAAAUACAAAGAACAAGAAGUGCUGGUUCACUUUCUGGUUGCUCCCGCCCUCCUCCCAUACUGCGUUAUCUGGCUAGCUUGAACGCGUUGGAGGAAAGCACCAAAGAAUAUUCCUGACAGUGAGCGGAAGUUGCUGAGGGCAGCGGUCAAGCUCUAGUACAGAAAAGUGGCCCUGACCUCAGCACUCACCUCAUUAUUUCUGGUUUUAAACACUCACAGGUAGAAAAUGCCCCACUACAAGAGGUACCAAACGUUUACACUAUACAAAAUACUUUUGCAAUGGAACAACUGAACGCAUAAGACUCGUUUUGCUAAUUUAUCUCUAUAAACGGAUAUUGUAUGAGCGAAUUUGCAGCUGUUGUGUAAAUACUGUAUAUUGCAGAAAGUCAGUAUUAUUUUUAAGAGUUUUGUGCUGUCAGACAACUGUUUACCUAUGUUGCAUUCUGGACAAUUGCUAGGUGCCUGCCAUUGAGUACUGCCUUAUUUCCAUUCCAAGAGUUGAUUUUUAAAGCAGCAGUAUUAUAAAAGGAGGAGUUCCAUUUUCAUAUGAAUUACAUCUACUGAGACUAGGAAAGGGGUUUUUCUGAGUAGCAACAAUGUGAUGCUUUCUUUUGAAACGGGGGAAAAAAAAGUGCAAACCUAAAGGUAGGAGUCUACUUCAGCCGCCCGCCCAUUAAAAGUAGGUUUCGAAACGGUGGUGUGAUUCCAGUCACAGGCUGGAAAAAUGAUUUUACGUGCCUGUGAAACGAACACUGCCACGGCUGAGCAGGCGUUGCUGCGGUUUGGGACCAGCAGUGCCGUCCCUUCCGCCUCCUUUUGCCGAGGAGGUCAGACCAGUGUAGGAAACCAUGUAUAUACUGUAAGUACUGUAACGUUCCCGAGUCACAAAUGAGCUCUGUUUUCCAGAUGAUCCUUUUAUUUCUGCAGCUGAAAAAGCAUCACAGGGGUAGAAUAGGCGCUAACAAGAAAUAGCUGUGGCAAGACUUAAAACAGAUUUUUUUUUUCCUACUGGAAGCAUUGAUUUAAAGGUGAGAGAGAUAUUUAUUUUUCAGCGUGGUUCACCUCAAAAUCUCCACAACCACAAUGCAUCUGACUGCAAUAAUGUACUAGUAAUUUAUGUCAAUAACCAUCUUGUUCACAGUCCACCCAAUCGCACUCUCUCCUGUGUGUUGCUGUAAAGUACUUGUAUAUAGGAUUGAGAACUAAAGAUAUUUAUUAAAAGUUGAUUUCUUGAUAGUAUUUUAUGUACUAAAUAUUUACGCUAAGGGCAGUUGACUAUUCUUUUCGCCAAGAUAAAAUAGAGAGAUGUGAUUAGAUACCUGUACAUGCUAUGUCAUGUGGAUGGAACAGAAAUUUAAGCUAACUAAACUACUGUAGAGAAAUUGUUGAUCUUACUCUUUAAAAAAAAAAAAGGGUCUUACGACAGUUUUUUAUUACAGGCAUCUUUAAUUUCUAAAUAGGUGAUUAAAGGUCACGUGCAAUUUUUGCUUCCCCGUAAAAAGUCCUCAUCAUCGACCCAUUUGAAAGGACAGUGAAUAUGUACCUCUAAAAUGCCAUAAAGUAGAUUAGGACCCCAGAGAUCAAACUCUAGAAACCUCUGUAGCGAAUAUGUGGAAUCGCUAGGAAGAAAUAAGGAUGAAAACUGUUGUUAGAAGACUUUUAAAGUGAAUAAGAAUGUAGGUACGUUAAUCCUGUUUGGGGAGGUAGGGGGUCACACUGUGCAAGACGCGUCUUGCAUCGUGGUGUGUGUAAUCCAACUCACCGAAGUAUUGACUCGACACCUCUAAAGAAUUGCUGCUACCUUUCUGCAAGGUUUUCGAAGGUCCAAGAAAUUAGUAUUAAACAGGUUGUACAGACAAUCCCUGAGCCUCAGACAGACAAAUAGGGUGUGUUUGUUUCUUCAAAAUUCCCCAAAAGUCAAAUUCUCUUUUCUCUCUGUCUUUAUCUUUCACAUAUAUACAAUGUGGGUGUAGAUAAUCCUUGUACCUCUUUGAUUUCUUUUCUACCAAGCUAAUUUCUCUUCCUAUAAAGUGUACACUACUGAUACUGUUUGUUGUAUU